CACCUACUGCAAGGGCUAUAAAUACACCACGGAUCACUCCGUUCUCCGCAGCACACACCAUCGUCUCACACUGUCCCGUGUUCUACAUACUCUGAGAUCAGUCUGGCAGGCCACUGUCAUUUCAUCCCAUCCUCCUAACAUGGCAGCGAGCAAGGCGUCUCUCGUGCUCUUUCUGGUGGUGCUCACGGUGUCAAGCGCCGUGUUGAGCCUCUCCCCUGGCACGGGCGCGGCGACGACGUGCACCCCGACGCAGCUGACCCUGUGCGCGCCCGCCAUCGUGGGGAACGCGGCGCCGGCGGCAUGCUGCGCGAGGCUCAAGGCGCACUCGGCGAGCUGCUUCUGCAGGUACAAGAAGGACCCGAACCUGCAGCGCUACGUCAACUCCCCCAACGACAAGAAGGUCUUCGUCGUCUGCAAGGUGCCUGUCGGUGAUAUAGGAAUCAGGGGUCCUCGAGUCUCAAAGUCAGGACAGUAG